AGAGAGAGAGAGAGAGAGAGAGACAGAGCGAGAGGGAGAGAGAGAGAGAGAGGAUGACGCCGUGACGUAGCUGCCUGCAGAGGGGCCCGCUUGGCCGCGAGGAGCAGAAGCAGCCACGCGCUACUGUCGGCGAUAUGCGACAGACGCCCGCUGCGAAACACCGCGAGGAAGUACGACAACAGGGCGCCGACUAGCACCGCGACGGCACCGGGAACUUUAAAGAGACACGUCGACAGCAAUGCGGCACAGCUCCUCGCCGCGGAGUUAACGUGCGUGUUGACAUCUCGACGCUUUUCGGGAGGUAACGGCGGAUUUGGGCUAACCCGCCCCCCUCCCCAUCCCCAUCCCCUCCCUCCCUCUCCUUCCCCCCUCCCGGUGCGUGCCGGUGACCUCGCCGUCCCGCCUCGUCGCUGGUGCUCGGACAUGUCCUCGGUAAACUCGGAUGACGAACAGCCACAGAGAUGGGUCCCCACGCACGUGCAGGUGACGGUGCUCAGGGGACGGGGCUUGCGGGGCAAGGGCAAGAACGGCACCAGCGACGUGUACACCAUCAUCCAGGUGGGCAAGGAGAAGUACUCCACCUGCGUGGUAGAGAAGACCACGUCGCCAGAGUGGAAGGAGGAGUGCUCGUUCGAGCUGCUGCCGGGGGUCCUGGAGGAAGGGGGACGGGGCGCCUACCCUCCCGGCAGCUGCGACCUGGUGCUCACGGUCAUGCACCGGGCGCUGAUUGGGCUGGACGUCUUCCUGGGCCAGGCGGUCAUCCCCCUGGACAAGGCCUUCCAGGACCACAUCUACGCGAAGACCGAGGCGGAGUGGGUCAACCUGCGCUCCCGCUGGUUCCGGCUGAACUCCAAGACGGGUAAGAAGGAGAAGGAGCGGGGGGAGGUGCAGGCCACGGUGCAGUUCACCCGCAACAACCUGACGGCCAGCAUGUACAACCUGGCCAUGAAGGACAAGGGCCACUCGGCCUUCAGCAAGCUCAAGGAGCGCAUGCGCGGCAAGAAGCGCUCCUCCGUGGACGACGACGCCCCGGCGCCCACCCCUCCCCCGAGCGUCGGCGGCGGCGGCGGCGGAGGGUCGCUGCCGCGCACCCGGUUGCCUAGCGACGGCGGCGGGGAGGAGGAGUACGAGGACGACGAGGGCGGAGAGGGCCGGAGGAACAAGAUGAGGACGUUCUUCCUGCGCGGGAAGCUGCGGAAGUCGUCGGAGACGCGCUCCAGCACCUCGCUGGGCUCGGAGAGCAGCGAGUCGUCGUCGCGCGGCGGCAGCCUCAGCCCCACGGCGGGCAUCAGCGUGGUGGUCUCCGACCUCUCCAACUCGCCCAGCAACAGCAGCAACCUGACCGCCGACAACAGCCCCGAGCACACGGCCGACACCUCCCCCAAGCUCUCCCCCGACGACAGCGAGUUCGGCGACGACUGCCACGAGAUCAGCAUCGCCGUGCCCGCCCUGUACCGCAACGGGGGGGUCCACCACGCCUACCACGCCCCGCCCCCGCAGCCCGGCCCGGGUGAACCCCUAGCGCCCGCGGCGGCGGCGGUGGCGGCGGCGGCGAAGGCGUCCCCCCUGGGCCUGGGUCUGCACCUCAAGCCCCUCCCCACCUCCGUGUCCCUGCAGAACAUCAGCCCCCGCGAGGAGGAGCUCCCCAGGGGGGCGGGCGGCGCGGGUGACGGGCGCCGCUGGUCCUUCGACAAGCCCGGCGAGGACGAGAAGGCGGCCAUCGCGGCGGCGUUGGAGAAGAGCGGGCCGAUGGUCGGCGACGACGAAGAGGAGGAGCGGUCGAGGAGCGCGGCGCCGCCGCCGGGCGCCACCGGGGCGGCGAGGGAGAGCUACGACCGGAAGCAGCAGCAGCAGCAGCAGAAGAAGAAGAAGGGCGACUCUGGCGGCAGGGUCGGGUCGGAGGCGGCCCCCCAGGAGAAGACCGGCAAGGGCUGGUUCGGCUCGAAGGAGUGCAACAGCAAGCCAAGCCCCCGGGUGUCCCCUAAGCUAGGGCCCAUCCCCGAGUCCCACUCCCCACCGCUACCGUCAGUGCCCCCCCCGUCCCAACACCCUUCCUGGUGCUCCUGGGCUCCUCCUGCACCCCCAGGAUCAACCCCCCCGGGCUCCCCACUGCACCCCACUAACCCCUUCUGCCACUCCCAGUGCAGCCCACCACCAACUCCCAUGUCACCCAGUAACCCCUUCUUCUCCACACUCCAGCAAAACCCCUCUUCCGGGGCGGCGCUCUCCGACCCGCCUCUAACGUCCCGGCCUCCGCCUCUGCCUUACCUCUCCAGCGCCCGGCCUCCCAUAGCUCACCUCUUCUCCCAGGACCCCGACCCCGUCCCCGGCCUGCUGCGCGAACGUCCGUCCCCAAAGGGACGCGCGUUCGGCGCCUCGGACGCAACCGCCGGCGGAGAAGCGUUGGCUAGACUGAAACGGAGGCCCCUCCCACAUCCUCCCCCAGGCGAGGAGGAGGAGGCUUCGAAUGGGAGGUCCCCGAACCCUUUCAACUCUGUCGGCACCGCGGCGCCGGAGUUGGAGUGGGACGAUCCCUUCGAGGCGUUUGUGUCCUGCAGGCUGCAGUCGUCCGACGACGAGCCCGCUGGACCACCGGACCCCAAGAACGCCCCGGCCCAGAACUCGCCGAAAGGUUCUCUCGUGGAAUUCUGGCACCCUGACAAAGAAGAACCGCCCAAGUCUCCGGAUCCCCUCAAAGACUCUGACGUGGUUCAGGCAUUCCCCCCCCAACCCGCGGACGUCUUUUUGGAUACGGCCCCGGAACCCUGGUCUGAUGGGUUUGCACAGUUCCCCACCGCCAUCCCAGCGACCAAUCAGAAUGCCGGCAUGCUGCUAACCACCUCCCUAGAUUCAUCAGAGAAUCACGACGGGGAUACUGUCACUAACCUAGCUAACCCUUCCUCUAACACUGAUUGUUUAACACGCACUACUACGCCCGGAGCCCUGUGUCAGCACUGCCGGUGCGAACACAACCCCUCCAUCCCCUGUGAGGGCGAGACGCUGAAGGACCGCAGCGACUCCUCCGAUCCCAGUUCGUCCGGAGUCGGAAGUUUAGCCGAGGAAGACGCUCUCUCGAGCAUAUCUUGUUCAGCCUCGGAGAAGUGGGCCGCUUGUUGGGGCGAGGGAGUCGAGACGAAGAGCGUCCUGGAUCUCAGUGAAGAAUCGCCUGAGCAGACCGUCCUCGGUCUCCUGAAAGACUCGGAGGAUAAGCUCAUCGACUGGUCAUGUCCUGUCAUUACUGAUCAUAGAGUUGAGGGAGAUCUAAUUCAGGUAAGCGAUCCGAAUGAGAAACCACGGUCUAUGGUAGAUGAUUUGGUAGCUGAUGAUCAGGUGUUGGUCCCACCACCCCUGAUUUCCUUGCAACAUGGAGAUGGACCGUCUAAAGAACCAGGUCCUACUCAUGUCCCACUGUCUGACCUAUCGUCAAAGCCUACCAACACCUCUAUUCCCCGAGACCUAGAACUAGAAGCCACGGUGUCCAGAACGGGGGGAGCAAAUGAGCUCCAAGAAUCUUUUGGGGAUCUUCACGAGCCAGAGAACUUUGUUAAAGCCGCCGAUGGCGACGACGAGUCUGUUGCGCCACACCCUCUGGAAACCGAAGGAACUUCCACCUGCCCUUCCUUCCACACGGUGACCUCGUUUUUGGGUGAUGGAUCGUCCUUCCUGGAGAUGCCGUUUGGAACCGGCAGCCUGGACGGUCAGCUCGUCCGUCAGAGCUCUCCGAAGACACCCCGACUCCUCUGUCCGAAAGACGGCCCGACGAUGACCGCUCCCCUCCUGGUCUUCAACGAGUCCUCCCUCGUGGAAAGCACGCUCGGCGUCAGCGACACAGAGGAGCAGCUCGUCCUCGAGAACGCCCCAAAACCGCCGGAGCUCCUCGACGUUAUCGCCAGCCGGGCAUCGCCGUCCCCAGACCAGGCCUUCUAUGACCCCCUGCCGGGCGGGCGGUGGUUGUGUCCCAGCCCGGGAAGCCUCCUCAGCAGCAGCCUGUACGGCAGCGCCGAUUCCCAGCACUACCAGACCUGUCUGACUCACAACUCCUCCGCGGCGACCUCGUCGGCCUCGGUGGACCCCCUGGUGGAGCGUCGAACGUCGGAGGACCUGUGGGGCUCCGUCUCCACGCUGCGCGGCGCCGAGAGCUGUGACGAGCUCAGUCGGGUCCUCUUCCCGGAGAACGCGUCCGCUCCGGGACUAGAGGGUGCGUGUGGAGCAGCGGACGUCGACGGAGAGGCGGCGGAAGUGGGGUUGUUUCCGUCUGAAGAAACGUGUCUUGCUAAAGGAUUGGAGACAUGUUUUGAACCCGGUUUAGGCGUCGAGGACCUCGGUUCCCAUUCAGACACACCAAUUCAGAUUGGCGUGGGUUCAGUCGUUAACCGUAACCAUGGAAGUGACGACCAGCCGGCGGGAGGAACCCAGCAGAACGCGGGAGCGCCAUCGGAGGACACGCCACCCGCCCCCACGAAGACCGAAUGCCCUUCCACGCUCCAACGCUCCCACUCCGAGGGCGCCAUGGCGACCGGCCUCUCCGGGCGCACCCUGACCUCCUUCGGGAGCGAUCCAAGCGUGGUCCCAUCCCUCCGCCCAACCGACCCCUCUGGGCCCCCUGACUCCGCCCGUACCCCCUUCCUCCUCCUCUUCCUCUCUCCUACUUCCUGUCCGCCCGCCGGACCGCCUGCUCCUUUAGCGCGCUGCUCCCUCCCUAGCGCUUCCGUCACCGCUUCGCUGCCGCUGCCGACGGCAACGCCUGGCCCCGCCCCCGAGGCUCCGCCCCCGCCGGAGGAAGCGCAUGCGACGGGUGUGGCGCAUGCGAGCGACGAGCCGCAUUUGAAGGUGGAGAAGGUGGAGCGACCGCAGAACAGCCCCCACCCCGUGCGACCCCUGACCCCGGGCUCCCUGGGGCCGGAGGAGAGGAGGGGCCCCGAGGGACGCUCGGUGCUGGAGAAGCUGCGCUGCACCAUCCAGCCCGGCCGCAGCAGCCAGCUCAGCGAGGCGGAGCCAGAGAGGAGGAAGUCCCUGACGGAGGGGGCGGGCUCUUACUACCACCUGACCCACAGCGAACUGGUGGCGCUGCUGGUGGGGCGGGAGGCGGACCUUGAGAGGCAGAAGGCGGAGUUUGAGCGGCAGACGGCGCUGCUGUCGCGGCGCGAGGUGGAGCUGCGGCGGCUGAAGCCGCAGGUUCGAGACCUGGAGAACUACAUAGACACUCUGCUGGUCCGCAUCAUGGAGCAGACGCCCACGCUCCUGCAGGUCGGCACAACCAAGUUCAAGUGACCAACGGGGGGUGGGGGGAUCAGAGGUCCAGGGGUCAGAGGUCGGGGGUAUAGAGAGGGGGGGUUCUCGAGGUACGGGUACCGACUGUGCCCACGUCACGGCGAUAGCUCUUUAGUCUCUCUCACCGCUCGCCCGAGUGUUUUGAACGCCGUCGGCAACACGAGGCGUAGCGUCCGCACUACUCGACACUCGACUGUAUCGCGCCGCGUCCUCCCAGCCCAGGAGAGAGGAGUCAUGUGGUUAGGGAAUAGGGAGCAAGUGGAGGUAAAGAGGAGGAUGAGUAAGGGAGGGUGGAAAGGGAGGCAGGAUUCUCCUCUUCGAGGAGAAUAGUUUUUUUUAUCCGUCAGGAAGAGAAAAGGAUAAGGGAGAAGGAAGUGGCGUCUCAAAAGGGAAUCGCAAACGUUUUUUUUAAGUGUUAAGGAAUGAGGAGAUUUUGGGGGGGGCGAUAGGGGAGGAAGGAACGGUAUCCCUCAGGUAGCUUUCAGGUCAGGUCGGUUUGAGGCGAGGUGAGCCCUGGACGUCCCGCGGCCCAGACUAAAGCCUCCGUCCACGGGCUGAUGACGUCAGUCCUCCGUCGGCCCCCCCCCCCCCGCUGGCACACCGCGGCCGUACGGUGGCCGGGCCCCACACAGAACGGGGAGAACACGUAUGCAGAACGGAAAACAGUUACCUUAAAAUCAUCCAAAUCUCCUUUCUUAUUAUUUUUCGUUUGUGUGUUAUCAUCAUUAUUUUGGUUCAGAAAUAACUUUUUGUAGAAUGUUUUCCAUGAUUUUGCCAACAUUCAGUCUCUAAACUUUUGAAUCUUAUUCUUUGCCAGAUCUUGGCUAGCUCAGUCUGAAUUGAAGCUCCGAGCCAACAAGCCAAAUGACCGUCAUAAAUACUAACCGACACAAUCUCGGAAAAUCGAUAGUUGGUUGAAAAUAGACUGUAUUCAAAAGUGUUCUUAUGCAGCAAGUGAAUGGUUUAGAUCAUUUUGUUGGCGUGUAUGCUCAUUCCUUUUUAUUCCAACAAUGGUUUUGGUGAUGAAUGAGGCCCACAUCGUGAGAUUACCCAUGGUGCUUUUCGGGCACCUGUCUGUUAUGAGGACCUGUGUGAGGACAUAGAAUGUGGGGUAAUCAGGUUUCGACUGUUUCGCACAGUAUUCAGUCUGCGUCAGGAUUAGCCACUCGCGGUCCAUGCCUAUGCCUUCACUUCUGUGCAUUACUGAGCUGACUUUGCCCCUCGUGGGAGGGGAGAGAAAAUGGCCGACACACGCUAUACGCCACACGCUACUUUCCCGCCAAAACCGGCUUUGCUAGUGCACGCGCAUCGCUUGAGCUUUCAGGUGUUUUAUCAAAAGGAUAUAAUGUAUUAACAGCAUAUAUGCCGUCUGGAAAUGCCAAAAGCUGCCUUAUCGCGUUUUUCGUUUUUGUUUUCUGUCAUGUUAGUAGGGUUGUUUUUAAAAUAUUGCACUUCAUUUUCUGUAUAGCAGGGGUUUUGGGUGUGUGUGUGUGCGGGGGGGGGGGGGGGGGGGGGGGGUUACCUAAAGUGUGUUCACUCAGCUCAUUGGCUAGUUCUGCCCGAUGCUUAGUUAUUCUAUUGUUUAGAUCACUGCACAAAAUGAAUUAAUAAUAAAUAAAUGUAUACAUACCGUUAGGGAUGGUAUUUUACAGUAUCUGUACAGUGAAAAACUCCACUUUAGGGCAGGUUUUAAUACCAUACAGUAUUCGGAUUACGACGCCACGUUUCAACAGCACUUGUGGAUGUUCUUGCACUGUUUCAACUGUGAGAGCACGAGAAUCUACAUCACCUGUAGUCCAGGUAGGCCUCGAGGGAUGUUUAUAACUAGCUCCACUGCACUUUGUCAUUCCCUGCUCUUUGUCAUUCCCCCGGGCGACUCCAUCUCGUCACCACGGUUACGACCAUUCCAUUUAACAAACCUUAAAUCGACCUGCCUUGGCAUCUUACGUUUUCGCUCCACAACCCCCAAUAUGGAGUGUGUAGAUGGGUGCGGAGCUGUUUGAAGGUGUGAGGUGGCUCUUAGUCCGGCCACAGACUAGUUAACCCUCCAGUCAUAGAGUAGUUAACCCCUCCAAAGUCUUCCAUCUCCCAAGCAAUUUGUGUUGUACCACUCCUCAAACGUCUAGCUGGGGGAAUGUGUAGAUGACAGUACAUACGGUUGGAAAGUUUACAGUUCGUGAUGCAAUUCUGUUUCACAAAUUUUGUAUAUUUAAUAAAGAAUAUUUUGUGUUUACUGCUCA